GUGGUUCUGUGUGCGAGGGGAGGGGAGGGUCGAGCUGCUGCCGUGGUUAUGGUGCUGCUGGCGGCGGCGGCGGCCGGGACGGUCACAGCGGCUGCCGCUGCUCUUUGUUACUGGAGGCUGGGCCGGGCCCGCUCCGUCGCCCGCCGUCUGCAGGAAGCACCAAGGUUUCCACUGGAUCAAGACCUCAAGUCUGUUCUGCUAAAUUCACCGGGGAAAUGCCUUCCCUUUGCUGUUGUAGAAGGUUUGGUUACCCCUGUCGAUGAGACUCUGAACAGCCAGUUUGUGGAUGGCUGCAAAGGGGUAAUCCACAGAUUGGUUUUAAAAGAGCAUAAUGCAGUAUGGAAUCGGACAACGCACCUUUGGAAUGACUGUGAAAAGAUUAUUCAUCAGAGGACUAAUACUGUGCCCUUUGAUCUUGUGUUGACUGACGCCACCCCUAACACCUCAGUGAGGGUGAUGAAAGCCUUGGAGUCAUCCGAGCUGGACCUGGAGACUGUGUAUCAGAAGUUCCACCCAGCAGAGCAGUCGCUUCCUAACAUCGUGGUGCAUUACAUCAGCGGGGAACGGCCGAAGGGGAUCACAGAGAUGGAGCAAAUGUUGAGAGCCGGCCACGCUGUUAUUGGGGUCGGCGAGCUUGUCUUGGACAAUAAUCUCAUCAGGCUUCAGCCUUCAAGGCAAGGGCUGCAGUACUGCUUGUGCAGGCUCGACUUCAAGUCUCUGGUUCAAAGGCACGAGUCCAAGGUACGGCAGUGGAAAAUCCUGACCCUCCUGUUUGGAGUUGCAACCUGUGCUGCCAUAUGUUUCGUGUUCUGGAGGCGGUAUCAACGCCGCAGACUGGAACAGGAACAGACAAGGCAGCGAGAGGAGAUGAUGGCAAUGAAGAAACAGCGUAUGCAGGAGCUUAACCUCAAGGAGGAUGAGGUCUCUAACAAUGCUUGUGCCAUCUGCCUGAUCAGGGACUGGAACUGUGUGUUCCUGCCAUGUGGACACAUCUGCUCCUGCGACGAUUGUUUUGAGGCCUUGCCCAUUCCGAAAACUUGCCCCCUUUGUAGGCAUCUUGUCUCUAAAAUAGUCCUGUUGUACACUAGCUAAACAUUAAUGUCCUUGCCACAGACCUAUCACCUUUCCUGUGGAAUCCUUUUUUUCAAUGGAAAAUAUAUUUAUUAAUGACGGCGGAAUAUGUAUUGUUGGUGCUUAUUCAUUUUCAUUUUCAGACUUUUCUAAUCUCGUUUCCCAGCAUACUGUAGGCUGUAUGCAUUCCCAGCAUUUAAAAGCAAAAUUGAUUUUUUUCAGUGUGUAUCAUGAUUAAACUCAGAUUCUAUUGUAAUU